GUGGGAUGGAUCUAGUUCUUAGUAGUCUCAAGGCUGGAGGCUGGAGGCCGGAGCUGGGGGCGCUCCUGGCGCCAAGCUCCCUCUUACCGGCAGGCGCCAUCCCGUCGAAGUUGGGUUGGGUUCACCAGCGAGCAAAGAUGCCUUACGAGUCACGACAGACGGGAUUUGCAGAAAGAAAAAGCAAUAGACUUAUUCCGGGGAUCAAUGCAGUGGGACAACCGUGUAUGGAGCUGAGUACGGAGACUCAUAGGUAGUUGAGAGACGAUGUCG